UAAGACGACAUCUUGCGAGAGAAACGCUGUACCCCGCUUUUUUAAAAAGAAGCAAAAGAAGUGUAUAAAGAUAAAUUUGUGGAAAAUAAAGAUUUAUGUACUUUUUCACGGAGAAUAAACUUUGUUAUUUGGUGGGAAAAUGGCGAAAAACGAUGCGACAGACAUAUGAAUUGCAUAGAAGAAAGGGCUAGCGGUGCAAUUUUUUUUUUUUUUUAGUCUGAUAAACCAACUUGUUUUUCUAAAAAAAAUGUUUUUUUAGAAAGAGAGAAUUGGUUUGUCUAUUUACAAGUAAAAAUAAUAGCCACACCACGUAAUUAACACCAGCCCUAUAAUAUUAAUAAAGUACGUUAAGAGGAUAUGGACAGUAUUGGGGUUUUGGGUUUAGAAUUGAAAAGAUAAUUAGAAAUUCAAUCAUAACGGUUAAUGAAAUAAAUAAGCGUUGCUGCAACAAAAAUUUAUUUGUACCACAAAGCCACUAAAACAAAAUAUUUUUUAAACAGGGGUAAACAUAAAAAGCAUUAGUUCUUAAUCGUUACUAUUUGAAUAGUAUGUGACGCAAACUGAACUGGACCUAAAUGUGGAAAGAACUUAUUGUUUCCUUUCGUAAUUAAGUCUUGUACGCGGUUGAGCAAAUAAGUAUUUUUCCAGCAAUUCGGAACCUUCCAAGCUUUCUAAAACUCUAUACUCUGUAAUUGGCCUAAAUCUUAUUAUUUUAGCACAUUUGCUUGCAACUCUUUAAUGUCACUACUUGAAAACAUUUUUCUUCAUGUAUUGGAUUUUUUCGCCUCGACCUCGCUGUCGGAUAAGGUGUCAUCGAAGUUAUCGUGAUGUUCAGGAUCUACUUCUAUUAUUUCUCUUCCAGAAUGUUUGGUAUGGUGAAAAUCUACAUCACUUACAUCGUUGGCGUUAUCGUCGGCUUCAGUGUUUAGAUCAAACGUUAAAAUAUGCAUUGCAAUCAUCAUUUGGACAUAUAUGCCCACCUUGCUGAUAACUUUCAACAAGAAUGUGCAGAGCAUGCUUUCGCACUGUUGCUGUUUAAUCAUUGCGAAGAAUGUAGAUUUCGUUUCUGCUCUGACUAUUUCCAGCAUGAAAGCAGCAGCACAAACCCACCGAUGAUUUCACUUCGUCAAAGUUGGACUCUUCAAAAAAACCUGCAAAGAAAAGUUCGAAAUAUCUUGUCGGAGGAGAAAGUACGCAAAAAUAAGUCAGCAAUGGUCAUGCAACAUAUAAAGCCUGUCAUAUCUAAUUUAAUUAACCUAGAUGACCGCUGUGGUACGGAUUUAAGAAAAGAUACAAUCUACCUGACACCAGACGAAUAUAAAGUCCGCUUGAUUACCUCAGUACAAAUUCAAGAUAGUGUCGUGCAUAAUAUGACUCCGGAGGGUCAUGUGGAACUUUAUACCCCAGGAGGACCAAUCAUGGCAAGUGAAGUGCUUCGCAAUUUGUUUCCUGAAAGUAUGGCAAGAUACGAAGGUGUAAGCCCUGCAGUUAACAUGAUAUUCAAUACAGCUGAGUUACCACGCAUAAAUGUUGAUAUAACUGCAUCUGUUACAGCGAGGGGUAUCAACCUAAGUAAUUUCGGAUGGCAGCCAGCAAAACUACCUCAGUGGAUUGUGGAAAAAAUACGAAACACAGACCUGUAUUGUGAACCAAACAGAGGUAUGUGGUAUGUUUCUACUGCACCCGUUGAGAAGCUGUUAAUGAAAAUUAUAGAUUACGAUAACGGUUGCCGACGAAUAUGUUACAAGCUUCUGAAAGCGGAUUUGCAAAAUUGGAAACAACAAUCAGGAGAUGAAUUGGCUGGCAUAGACAAAAUGUUUUUUAAGCAUAUAUUAUUUUGCAUGAACGAAACAUAUAAAUGGGAAUGGUCUAACAACUGCUUGUAUGAAUGCUAUUCUGCUGUGCUAUGUGAAGUGAAGAAGUCUUUUGGAAUUGGCAUCCUGCCCAACUACUUCAGAAAAACAGAAAAUCUUUUAAAAAACACAGACGGCGGAGUUCUUUUAAAAGUGGCUGACUUGGCUCGUCGAAGAAGAAACAAACUGUUAGCCCCAUGUCAUUUGUUAAUGUCUUCUUUCAUUCGUUAAGUGUCGUCCAUCAUUUGUUAGUGUCGUCUGUCAUUUUUAGUGUCGUCCGUCAUUUGUCAAUGUUGUCCGUCAUUUGUUAGUGUUAUGCGUCAUUUCUUAGUGUCGUCCGUCAUUUGUUACGCCGUCUGUCCCUUUGUAAGUGCCAUCCGUUAUUUUCAGUACCUCCAUCAUUUCUUGGUACUGCUUGUUAUUUGUUAUACCGCCCAUCUAUUAUUAGUGUCGUCCAUCAUUUGUUAAUACCGUUCGUCAUUUGCCAUUACUGUAUGCUACAUGUUCAGUAACUGUAUUUUCAGCCUCGAUCUUUCACCGAUUUGCAUAUGGAAGAAUUUAUGGUGUCCUGGGGUCUAGGUUGUCAUUUACUCUUCCCGCACAUUUAUUUCAAUGUGGCGUUGCCUAUUACUUUCUUUUUUUAUUUCUAACCUAAAUGUAAUCGUUUUAUUGUGUAAAAUUAUAAAAUUAAGAUGUAAGUAGGAAUAUAUUUGCUGUGAAAACAUAUAGUCUAAAGGUGCUCAAAUGUGGUUGAGCGGGAGACGGCUACUAUGUUUUCAUUUUUUUCAUUCGUUUUUAUUUUUAACAUUAAAGUAAUUGUAUUGUAUUAGUAGUAUUAUAAAGAAUUUUUCUGUGAAAAA